GAAGAAUAGUUAUAGUUACAUAGUAUAGUAAUAGCCUAGGAUCAUACCUAGAAUCCAGUACAAUAAUAGUAGUAAGUAAUAGAUCUAGAAUCUAGUAACUCUUAAGAUUCUAUGGAAGGCUGUACCUGGUUUUGACUUUCUUUACAGUUGACUAAACUUUUUGGAAAUUCAAUUGAUUAAUUAAAGCUUUUUUUCCCCAGUUUUUUUAUUAAAGCAAUAAGUAAGUUAAAAUUGAGAUACAUUAACUGCUGAGGAUGGCUGGUACAGGUUAUGACUCUACUCUUGAUCUGAGCAAUGUCUUAAAACAUGUGAAGAAGGAAAUGGAUGAAACAGAUUUGUUGACACAGCCAUGUGAAGAACAAGACUUCAAAGUGCCAAUGAUAAAAAUUGAGAAGAGUGGAGAUAAAUCAUAUGCACAGCAAUCAGAAAACUGUGCUCAAGAUUUCAAUGUGAACUUUGAAUAUCAGGAAAAUAUUGUAAAGCAAGAGAUAGAAAUGAAUGAUCCUACAGAUAGUAGGAAACCAUUCUCCUUAGCUUCAAGAUUUCUGGCUGUGUCAAGAAAGGGAAACAACAGCCUUUGUCCUGUACCUAUCAUCUUGCCGAAAUUUGAACUCCUCAGUCACGUCCAAGCCCCAGAAGUGUCUUUAUGUGAGCAGGUGAGGUUCAUUGAUGAAGAUAAAGAAAAGACUGUAAAAUCUGACACCAUACAAGAUCAAUUAGAACAGUGCCAUCCAGUUGAAACAGUUUUAAGCAAAGAAACUAAUUUUGUUACUGGUAAAAAAACAAUCCAAUUCAAAUGUCAAAUAUGUCUAAAAGAAUUCUCUCAGUCUGCAAAUUUGAAAAUGCAUCACUUGAUACAUGCUACAGAAAAACCAUUCAAAUGUCAAAUAUGUCUAAAACAAUUUUCCACGUCCUUCAAUCUGAAAAACCAUCAGUGGUUACAUAUGAACGAAAAACCGUUCAAAUGUCAAACUUGUCUAAAAGAAUUUUCCCGAUCUGAUUACUUGAAAAGACAUCAGUUGAUACAUAGUGGUGAGAAACCAUUUAAAUGUCAAAUCUGUCAAAGAGGUUUUACUGAUCCUUCAUGUUUUAAAAGACAUCAAUCGAUUCAUACUGGCGAAAAGAAAUUUAAAUGUCAAAUCUGUCAAAAAGAUUUUACUGAUUGUUCAUGUUUUAAAAGACAUCAAUGUGUUCAUACUGGCGAAAAGAAAUUUAAAUUAAAAGAACUUAUCCAGUCUUCAGCUUUAAAAACACACUAUUUGUCACGUACUCAUAAAAAACUGUUCAAAUGUCAAAUCUGUCUGAAAGAAUUUUCUCAAUCUUCACAUUUGAAAAAUCACCAGCAGACUCAUAAUAGUUUAAACAAAAUUAAAAUGUUACUUUGUCAACGUGGAGUUUCAAAAUGAAAAGACACCAUUAGGCUUUUAUUUCUGGGAAUGUUCCCUUUCAGACUUUGCGAUCUAUAGGGCAGACGAUCUAAAGGUCAUCUGUUUCUGUAGCCCACAGUUAACGAGGGGUGUCAUGUGGCCAGCACAAUGACCAACAGCCUUUACUUUUCCCCGUCUAAUGUCAGGUAAUCGUUAGUGCUGAAUGAAGUCAAAGGAGGCAAAGGAGUAAAAAAUCCCUGGGUUUCGAACCAGGGAUCCCCGGUUAGGAAGUCAUUCACAUUGCCACUCAGCCACCUCCCCUCCAGAUUGCUAGGAAGUAUGAUAUUUAGCCAAGGCAACCCCCCACGCAAGGGACAAUCCAAAUUUACCUACAGAGAUGCCUGCAUAGUGGAAGUAAAUGUCCAGGUUGAGCAGCAUGAUGGUGUGAUCAUGGCAGAAAAGUUUAAGAACUGAGGUACAUAGAAGGAAAACUGCCUAGUGGAUAGCUCUACAAUGAAAUAUUUGUAUGCCACCUCUUGAUUUCAUACAUUUGUUUAUUAUAACAUUUUCCCAUUACUCUAGUGGGAAAAAAAAAACAAAAAAAAAACGGAACUCUUGGGGUCCACUCCUUCCCUCGGGAGAUUAAUGAGCCAUAUAAAUUUUUUUAUUUAUUUAUAUUUGUUGCAUAUUCAUUUGGUUUAUUUUAUUUUGACACAAUUAGUUUGGAUGAUAAAAUCUAAUACUUUUCCAAUAGCUUAAUGAGUAUGAAAUAGAAAAGAAAGAUCAACAUUUGAGCUGUAGAAUUAUCUUACUUUAUUUCUUUGCAUACUGGUGCCAGGAGUGAAAAUAUUUAGAAAGUUGGUUAUUGUUCU